AUGACCUCAGGAGCAAGUGUCACCAAAAAGGCCUGUGACGGAUGUAAGAUUCGAAAGAUUCGAUGUGGUGGUGGCUGUCCGUGCCAGUCCUGCUCGAAUGCACACAUCAAAUGCACAUACAUUCGUGUUCAACAGGCUCGAGGGCCUCAAAGGCUGCGACCGAUGACCAAGUAUCUUAUUGAGCAGGCUCAGCGUGGAAUUGAAGGCCAGUCUUCUCGACCUUUAGCUUCAAGUGACAAUGAAUCUCCGCUGCCCAAGGAGUUGAACACCACAGGUUCGGAAAAUAUCUGGAUACCGCCAAAUAUAUUUGCCUUCCCGUUAUAUACCUACCAUGUGCGAUUGUACCCCGUCUGGCCCGUUGUCGACGUCAAGAAUGUGAUGGGGAAUUUGCAGCAGAAUAGUAAAGGGGUGAACCAUGAAACAUACGCGCUUGCAACGGCAGUGGCCGCCGCUACAACAGCUCAAUUAAGGCUGAGACAGAAUUCCUUUUCCAAUAAACCGAUAACCGCUGAGACUUUCCAGAUUGAAUGCGGAAGUGAAUCUUUACUAUACUUGAGAGAAGCCAUAUCUUUAGCUCAGAUGAUGUCUCUUCAUCGAGCGAAUUCCUAUACUGGCCUUCCUCAAGCUGAGCAGCAAAUGCGUUGCCGUGUCUUAUGGUUGCUGUUUGUCACCGAGCGUGGUGUCUGCAUUCUUCACAAGCUCCCCGUGGUUCUAAAGACUAACGUCUCGACACCAGAACUCGAUGCGGGUGGUGAGCCCCUAGUUCUUCCUGCAUUUCUGAAGCUCCUCAAUUUGUUCCGCUUGUUCGAACAAUCCAAGAUGUUCGAUAUCAUUGAAAGUGAUCAGCUCGAAAUGCCUUCUAUUCCGGGUAGAGGAAAUGUCCUGGACAGGAAGCUUUUCGACGUACUCCAUAACAAAUUACGGGAUGGGUUAACUUUGGAACAUAUUUCGGAUGUACAGAAAGCCGACUUAUGUGUUACUAGGCACUGGAUGCGUGUGAUUUUGUGGAGGAUCUUAUCAAACAAAAAUAUACCAAACUUCUCGUCACAUCGGCUUACAUCUCCAUUCUUUCCUGUGCUGGUGGCAAAGGAACUCCUGAAUAUGAUAUCCCAAUUGCCGAGAACAGCAAUUGAAGCCCAUGGACUUGGCAUGGAGUUAAAACUGUAUGAGAUUGCCAACUCGCUUGCGGACUCAAUUAUGCACUUAGCGAUAUUACCACAAGCUCCUGUUUGGGAUGGUGACAGCCGUCCCAGUAAUAUCCUUGAGCGACUGUACUCGAUCCUCUCCACCUUCAGGGGCGGCGGAAACAGAGAACUAGCCGAGCUAUUGUAUAAGAAGAUGGCGGAUGCGCAAUGUAUGAGUGGCCUCACAAUAAACCCAGCACUAAAAGACUCUCAUGCACAAAUUGGACGUAAAUUUCUAGCUGAGACCGCUAAGCAUUCAUCGAAUCCUAUAACACUGGUCCAGGACGAGGCUACAGAGUCUUCGUACUCUGGCUCUGGUAAGGAGAUUAGAAUAGGGGAUGGGACUGCAACUGAACUAGAACAUAUACAGCAGCUGAAUGGCCCUAGCGAGAUAUAUGACGCGGGACACCAACAGGUGAUCGGAUAUCAUGAUUUCCAACAGGGGGAGGGUCUCAUACCCUCCAGCUUCUCUGUUGCACCAUUGCAAAUGCAACCAGACCACCCACUAGAGACGUAUGAUUCCCACCUCAAGGCCCCUCUACAGUCUCCUUGGGAAUGCCUGGACGCCGGAGAUCAGCCGCUUAGUCUCCCCUUUCUAUCAUCUUCUUUACCUUCCAGCUCACAACAGAUACUGGUCGGUAACUUUAUGUCUGAUACGCUUGGAAAUCACUUUCCACUACAGAAUUACCUUUCCACGAGCCACAACUUGCCAGACCAUCCAUCCAUGAUUGAGAGUUUUCUGGUUUAA